UAGCAAUCCAAUCCAAUCCCCAAGGGGAAGGCCCUACCUGCGAAUUGAGAGUCGAUCAUAUUUCAUUAUUUGAGAAAUCUCACAAAAAUGGAACAGUUAUUCAACAAGUUCUUCGAUUCCGUCUCUAACCUUUUCAGCGGCAGCGAUGAGAUCCCCUGGUGCGAUCGCGACGUCAUCCACGGGUGCGAGAAAGAAGUAGCAGAAGCCAACAAGGGUGACUCAGAUGAACACAAGAGCGAAAGCAUAAUGAGGUUGUCAUGGGCGCUUGUUCACUCAAGGCAACCUGAAGAUGUGCAGCGUGGAAUUGCAAUGCUUGAAGAUGAGAUGCAAAUUAUAUCUCCAACUUGAAAGCAAGCAAUGCAGUUUAAUUUGAUUUGGGGUUCUUGGAAUUUAGACGUGUGGUGGAUUAGAGCAUCGGAGCAUUCUAUCAAGAGUCCUAAUACAUUGUGGCAUUGGUUGGCAAGUGGAUAUUGAUUGGCAGAGAGGUUAAUGCAUGCAUAAAGAUGAGGAUGCCAAAUUGCAGUUGGUUAGCCACGUGUAAAUCAACAAAGAAUGUCCUCCACGUGUGCUUGGAGUUGGUCAGCCGUGCGUGCAUAUCAUUGGCAUAUUUCAAAUCAGGAUGCUUAUCAGCACAAGGAUAUAUGCUAAUAAUUGGUAUAUGCUAUUAAUUAGCAUGCGGUGGUGUUGUGCUGGUAAGUGAUAAGGCAUAACAAUCUUUUGUUUCGCCUGAGAUUGUUAUGAAGGAGGAAGCUUUGAUAUUGACGGCAGCUUUACAACACUGGCCAUCAUGGUGAUAUCCUAUAAAUACGAGAUGCGUAGAAAACAGAAAGCCCCCUCUCCAAUUCAACACACAAACUGUCCUGCGCAAACUCUUGCUCUACACGAAACCUUUCAAUAGCCUUGAGAUUUUUAUUUUCUUUUUCCGCCAACACAUCUUCAGUUUGGAUAAACAGCACUGUUGCCGUAGAAUUAGCCAACCGCGAAGCACCUUCAGUUUGGAUGAAUAGCACUGCAUU